UGUGCCGACAGGGGUGGCUGCUGCCGGCUGCCUGCUCCGCGCCCGCCGCUGCCGCCCGCCUCCUCAGCCUCCUUGCUGCCGCUUGGUUUUGAUUUAUUUAUUUAUUUUAAAUCGUUAUUUAAUUUUUAAGAUUUUUUUUUUUUUUUUUUUUAAACCGCACGUUUAUUUUGGUAUUGAUGCUCUCCGAGCUGGAGACUUCGGGAGACGCGGUCCUCACCUGAGCGAGCCGGCCCCAUUCCCCCGUUUGAAGGCUGUUAAUGGAGAAGAGGGCGGAUGACAGCCGGGACCGUGGUGAUCACAGGUGGAAUAUUAGCGACUGUCAUUUUACUCUGUAUCAUCGCCGUCCUCUGCUACUGUAGGCUCCAGUACUACUGCUGCAAGAAGGAUGAAUCCGAGGAGGACGAGGAGGAGCCCGACUUCGCCGUGCACUCGCACAUCCCUCCGCUGCACUGCAACCGCAACGUAGUGCUGACCAACGGCCCCUCCCUCUACUCCUCAUCCCCCUUCGCCAAAAAACCAGCCCAGAGCCGGCCCAGCUGCCCCAGCUGCACCCCCUUCGAGCCCCCCACCUCCUUCCUUCAGGAGCCCCCCACUUCUUUCCUCCAAGAGUCCCCCGCCUCUUUCCUCCAAGAGCCCCCCACCUUCCUGCAGGAGCCCCCCACCUUCUUCCUGCAGGAGCCCCCCGAGGAGCUGCACAACGGGGGCGACCGGGUGAGCUACAAGACGGUGAGCCAGGAGGAUCUGGCGCUGCCGGUGUCCAACCUGCAGGCGCUCAACCCCAACCGGCUCUCGGCCAUGCGGGAAGCGUUCUCCCGCAGCCGCAGCAUCAGCACCGAUGUGUGAGGUGCCGCCUGCCCACCCAGCCCCGAGCAUCCCCUCGCCCCUCCGCGGGGCUCUGGACUGGCUGGAAUUCGUGGAGAAGCUUUGAAAAGGGGGAAAAAAAAAAUUUAAUAAUGAAGUGAAUGUAUUUCUACGGGCUGGUGGCGUAAAAGGGGAGCAGGGCGACUCCAAAGGGGGCGCAGCUGGAAUGGGAGGUUUGCCAGCGCUGCGUUUCUUGGCUUUUUUCCUUUUAUAAAGAGGAUUUUGAUAUUGAGCAUCCUUUUGUACGGAGGAGUUGCCCCUCCUCGCCAUUCGGCCGAGGGGUGAUGAGUGAAUGAUGGGGCCCGUGGGUGGCUGGAAAUGGCUCGUGCUGCUGGUCAGCAGCGGCUGCUGGCGUGACCCGGGAGCCCCAGGAUGCACUCACACCCCAAAAUGUCCUCUAGCAAAGCCAGGCUGCCACUGCCCACCCUGCUGCCACCUGUGGGUGCGGGUGUGAGCGAGCGCAGCCCUGCACCAUUCCCAGCCCAUCCCACUCCUCCCGCCAGGCGCUGAAUCCCGGGUGCCAGGCACAAUCCCCUCAGGGCUGGGAUGGUGGCUGGGCCUGUCCCUGGAGCCCCUCAGGGUGGCCUCGUGGACCCCUCGAAGGAGCUGGGCUGGGGGUGCAAAUCCGCAGCGUUACUGGGCUAGAGAAAGAGCACACAGCGCAUUUUGGGAUGGAGGAAUAUCCCUCGGGAUAAUCUGCAUCCAAACAAUGCCAUGCACAACUGCUGACCGGUGGCACAGGGGUCACGGCGCGUGUGCCCACCCCCUGCAUGCGCAUUUUUACACGCGUUUAUUUGUCCGGGGAGGGGUUUUUUAAACAAAUUUGAAAAAGGCACUUUCUCCCCCCCACCCUCCCCCAUCCAGGAUAGUGUCAAAACACUUUUAAAUUCGAUCAAAACCUCCGGUUUGCAUUUUCCAUUGAGCCAUUUCCCCCGGCCCGGCAGCCUGGCUGGAUCCAGCAGGGACAGCCCUGGCGCAGAGCUGCUCCCCGAGCGUGUCCCUCUGCACCCUUGGGGUCACUCGGAGAUUUAGCAGAGGAAUUGCAGCACUGAGGGAAUUCCUGCUCCGGUUUCUCCCGGCUGUCUCCAUUCCUCCCCUCCGACCUCACCGCACUCCACGUGACAGAACACCCCGUUUCUCCCGGACUGGGCGUUAUUCAGGUUAAAAAGCAUCACCUGGGGAUGGCUGGCGAGGUUGGACUGGCUGCACAGAGACUCUGAUGGCCUCAGCGCUGUGCUCCAGGGGGAUUUUCCUUUUCAAAGAUGUUCUGGGAAGAAGCAGCCGUGGCUCCGACCCCCUGGGCUCAUGGACACUGUUUGCAGCCCGGCCGGGUGUUUCACUUCGAACCACGAGGGCUUUUCACUCCACAGGAAACCUUUUGAAGUACAAGUCAGUCUUUGUAAAUGAGUAUUCGACUUUCUGGGGGGGUUGUGUUUGGGGUGGGGAGGGCUGGGGUUGGUUUCGUACGUGUUUAAUAUUCCGGGCUCGGUCCCUGUGGUCCAGCAGAAUCCCUCUGCUCCAGAGGGACUCAGCCACUCGGACCACGCUCCCAUGUACAGUUCUCACUGGGGUUUGUCUCCAUGCCUUGAGCCUUUCUCUUCCUGUUUUUUGUGAUUUCUCCUGCCAGCCUCCCUUUUCUCCAUUUUUUUCCCCCCCUUGUUUCUUUCCCUUGCAGCUUGGAAAUUCAGCAAACGUUGGGCUUUCACUAACCCUCACCUGGUGAUCUGCUGUACAGGACUUUGGGAAUCUCACAUUUGGGGAGGGAAAAAGUUUAAAAAAAAAAAUAAAUAAAAAGAAAUAAACUACUUUGA